CCUCCUCCAGCCUCCCCAUCUCCGUUGGCUGCUCAGACAGGCUUCAUGUCAGACCCGGUUUGGAGCACAAAUCUGAGGACCGCGCUGGAAAGUUACCCUCUCCGUGGUCAUGAGUGGAAGCAAUGGGCCAACUGACACCCGUGCCUAUCAAUCCUUAGCUGAGGAUUGCCCCUUUGGGUCUGCGGAACAACCCAAGAGAUCCACGGGGAGACUCGUCAUGCACAGCAUGGCCAUGUUCGGCCGAGAGUUUUGCUAUGCGGUGGAGGCAGCUUACGUGACUCCAGUUCUGCUCAGCGUGGGCCUGCCUAAGAGUCUGUACAGCAUGGUGUGGCUCCUUAGUCCCAUCCUGGGAUUCCUGCUCCAGCCUGUGGUAGGGUCAGCUAGUGAUCACUGCAGAGCCAGGUGGGGUCGCCGGAGACCCUACAUCCUGACUCUGGGUGUCAUGAUGCUCUUGGGAAUGGCUCUGUACCUCAAUGGAGAUGCUGCUGUAUCAGCUUUGGUUGCUAACCCGAGGCAGAAACUGGUCUGGGCCAUAAGCAUCACCAUGAUAGGUGUGGUUCUCUUCGAUUUUUCUGCUGACUUCAUCGAUGGGCCCAUCAAAGCCUACUUAUUUGAUGUCUGCUCCCACCAGGACAAGGAGAAGGGCCUCCACUACCAUGCCCUCUUCACAGGUUUUGGAGGUGCUCUUGGUUACCUUUUGGGUGCCAUAGACUGGAUGCAUCUAGAGCUGGGAAAACUGCUGGGCACUGAAUUCCAGGUCAUGUUCUUCUUCUCUGCCCUGGUUCUCACCUUGUGCUUCAUCACGCACCUGUGCAGUAUCCCUGAAGACCCACUCAGAGAUGAUGCAACAGACCCUCCCUUACAGCCAGACCCUCAGGGCUCGUCACUGUCAGCAGAUGGGAUGCCCCGAUAUGGUUCCAUUGAGAAGGUUAAAAAUGGAGAUGCAGACACAGGACUGCCAGUGCAGGGAGGGAAAAACAAGAAGCCUUCUGGACAGAGUCAGAGGACAAUGUCGAUGAAGUCACUUCUUCGGGCACUAGUGAACAUGCCUUCCCAUUAUCGCUGCCUUUGCAUCAGCCACCUCAUUGGAUGGACUGCCUUCCUGUCAAACAUGCUCUUCUUCACAGAUUUCAUGGGGCAGAUCGUAUACCAUGGGGAUCCCUACGGUGCACACAACUCCACAGAGUUUCUCAUCUAUGAAAGAGGAGUUGAGGUCGGAUGUUGGGGCUUGUGCAUCAACUCGGUGUUUUCUUCAGUUUAUUCUUACUUUCAGAAAGUUAUGGUUUCCUAUAUUGGAUUAAAAGGCCUUUAUUUCAUGGGAUACUUGCUCUUUGGCCUGGGAACAGGAUUCAUAGGACUCUUUCCAAAUGUGUACUCUACCCUGGUCCUCUGUUCUAUGUUUGGGGUCAUGUCCAGCACAUUAUACACCGUGCCUUUUAACCUCAUUGCUGAGUACCACCGUGAGGAGGAGAAAGAGAAGCAGCAGGAAGUCCCAGGAGGCCCUGACAACCACGGGCGAGGCAAAGGUGUGGACUGCGCUGCUCUCACCUGCAUGGUGCAGCUGGCUCAGAUAUUGGUUGGAGGUGGCCUGGGUUUCCUGGUCAACAUGGCUGGGAGUGUCGUCGUCGUGGUGAUCACAGCCUCUGCAGUGGCACUGAUAGGCUGUUGCUUUGUGGCUCUCUUUGUAAGAUAUGUAGAUUAGAUUCAUAAACAUCACCUCAAACCUCAGACAAAAGAAGCCCACAGCAAGAAAUCGCUCUUUUCUCGGACUCUUCGGCAAUGGGGACUGUAUGCCCAUGCUGGCACUGCAGCUUGCAUGUGUGGUGGGAUUGCCUGCCCCCUGCAUCACAUCCUUACUGUCCCUCAAUGGGAGAGUCAAGUUCGGCUUCUCAAGAGGAUUUCAAGCCUUCAUAGCCUCUGAGGAACAAAUGCAUCCUACCUGCGAUGCUUCUAAUGUAAUUAUAAAAGAACAAUUUAUACACCAUAGGGAAAUCACGUAUUUCACCAAAUUCAGAAGUACUUAAAAUAUUGCUGAGUUUUUUUUAUCGUGCUGAUUUAUACAAAGUUAAUUGGCUCAUAAUUAAUUCCCAUUAAUGUAUGACAUUCUCGACAAACCUGAGUUGGAUGUCUCAUUCUGCAAGCUCUGCGAUUCAAACAUGUUCAUCCAUUUCAUUGAUGCAGUAAGCACAUUUUUCUU